UUUUGAGCGCCAAGGAGCGAGCCAGUCGACUGGUUUCAUACGAGGACUUAGCUUAGCACGUUUUUUUUUUUCUGUCUGAAUGAAUGUGUCUUUUUCUCUGAGUUCGUGAGCUGUUGUGGAAGUCAGCAAAAACUUAAUCGUGGGAAAUGGCUCCAAAGAAGGGAAAGGGAGAUGAUGCAUCAAAGCCACCACCGCUCAUUGGAAGGUUUGGCACCUCAUUGAAAAUAGGAGUUGUUGGUCUGCCCAAUGUUGGGAAGUCAACCUUUUUCAACGUGCUGACAAAGAGUCAGGCUGCAGCUGAAAAUUUCCCCUUCUGCACCAUUGACCCAAAUGAAAGCAGAGUGCCCAUUCCAGAUGAACGCUAUGAUUUCCUCUGCCAAUUCCACAAACCUGCCAGCAAAGUCCCAGCCUUCCUUAAUGUGGUUGACAUUGCCGGCCUGGUGAAAGGUGCUCAUGCCGGCCAAGGCCUGGGAAACGCCUUCCUGUCCCACAUCAGCGCCUGUGACGGCAUCUUCCACAUGACACGUGCUUUUGAGGAUGAGGAUAUCAUCCAUGUUGAGGGGACGGUGGACCCGGUGAGGGAUAUGGAGAUCAUCCACGAGGAGCUGAGGCUGAAGGAUGAGGAGAUGAUCGGCCCUAUUAUUGACAAGCUGGAGAAGACGGCCAUUAGAGGCGGUGACAAGAAACUCAAACCAGAAUACGACGUUAUGUGCAAAAUCAAGAGCUGGGUACUGGAUGAAAAGAAACACGUCCGUUACUAUCACGAUUGGAACGACAAGGAGAUCGAAGUGUUGAACAAAUACUUGUUUUUGACAUCCAAACCGAUGAUUUACCUCAUUAACCUCUCUGAGAAAGACUACAUCAGGAGAAAGAACAAAUGGUUGGUGAAAAUCAAAGAGUGGGUGGACAGUCAUGACCCCGGAGCCUUGGUCAUCCCCUUCAGCGGCGGCCUGGAGAACAAGCUACAGGACAAGAGUGAAGAGGAGACACAGAAGUACUGCACGGAGCACAAGACGCAGAGUGCCCUGAGCAAGAUCAUCAAGACCGGCUACGCAGCCCUGCAGCUGGAGUACUUCUUCACUGCUGGACCAGAUGAGGUCCGUGCAUGGACCAUUCGGAAAGGAACUAAGGCUCCACAGGCUGCGGGGAAGAUCCACACAGACUUUGAGAAGGGCUUCAUUAUGGCGGAAGUAAUGAAAUUCCAGGAUUUUAAAGAGGAAGGCAGCGAGAAUGCUGUCAAGGCAGCAGGGAAAUACAGACAACAGGGAAGAAACUACAUCGUUGAGGAUGGAGACAUCAUCUUUUUCAAAUUUAACGCACCAAACGCGCCAAAGAAAAAGUGACACCAGAACAGUCUGUUUGUUUACAUAACUGACUGUGCUUGUUACCCCACCCGUCCCAUCCCAUCCUGCCCUCCCCUCUUCUUUUUUUUUGUCUCCCUUUUGGCUUGACACCCACCGCCACACUCUCACUUUCUGUUCCCCCGUCCUGUAGAAUCAAAUCCCCCCUCUGUGCCAAAGCACAGGUUCAGUAAACUCUGACAGCUUUGCUAUUUAAGAUCAGGAUCGGCCCCCACUCCAAAUUGUAGCAGCAUUUGAAGGAGCAUAUUACUCUCCAGAUACUUCAUUAAUCUCCAUCACGGGUGCCAGCACUGACACAGCUGACAGCGGGGACAAUGCCACCUGCUCCUCUCCCCCUUCAGCAGAUAAUGCAUGUUUUACAGUAGCCCAGAUGUCUACACUCAAUAAAACAUUUGACAA